AUGAAUAUUGGUCAGGCAUCUGAUGCAACGGGUCUGCCGGCGAAAACCAUCCGCUAUUAUGAAGAUAUCAAGCUGGUGAAGCCGGACCGCGCGGCCAAUGGCUAUCGCGACUAUCGGGACGCAGAUAUUCAUCGGCUGGCCUUUGUGCAGCGCUCGCGCAGCCUUGGUUUUACCAUCGAAGAAUGCCGCCUGUUGCUUUCGCUUUAUGAUGACAAAGCGCGGGCAAGUUCAGACGUCAAAGCGCUGGCUACGGAAAAAAUCAAAGAGAUCGACCGCAAGGUCAAAGAGCUUAAAUCGCUGCGCUCAACGCUGAAACAACUCGCCGACCACUGCCACGGCGAUGGUCGCCCCGACUGCCCGAUUAUCAAUGAUAUUGCUGGCCUGCCAGAGGUGCUGACAAGCUAA